UACAGUGAAGGAGGAAGCAGGGAAGGAAAGAUGGAUGUAUCAGAGGGAAAGAGGAGGUAGGAGAGGAAAGGAGGAUUUCACAGGAAAUGGUACCCACCCAGAGAGGAAGACUGUAUUGUUUGAGCCCUCAGAGGAAGAAGAGUGUCUCACACUGAGCGGGACAUGGACACGUGAAGAUCACGUCUUGGUGUGUGUCCUGGAUUCAUUCUGCUUCAGUGCCACCGUGAAGCUGUCCCACGUUUAAAGGGGUUCCGGUGAAGGACCGAGGACAAAUCCAAAGUCCACCCAAGCAUCACCUUCAGCAGGGUGGUUGCCACGGACACGGACACCGCCAGCAUCUUCAGGGGCGUGGACCACAGCUGGACCGGACCUGUCAUCUGAAGGAUCUCAGCGCUGAGACACAAAGACACAGAGCUGUGACUGACAGCAGAGGGAUGACCAGGAGGGCGGCGCUGUGGGACCGACCACAUCAGCUCAGGUAGUCAAAUGCUGAGGUGAGGCAGCAGGUGAUUGGUGGUUGCCAUGGCACCCAGACCAUCAUCAGGGGAACUAUGGGGUCUUCACCUCAUGCCGCCCCGCAUCCUGGUGGAUUGCUGUCUACCAAAUGGGAUGAUGGUGAGUCUGGAGUGUCUCAGAGAAACUCCUCUGAUCAGCAUCAAACAGCAGCUCUUCACCGAGGCCAGGAAAUACCCGCUCUACCACCUGCUCCAGGAGGAGUCAUGUUACAUUUUUGUGGGCGUGACCCAGGAGGCAGAAAGGGAGGAGUUUUACGAUGAGACAAGGAGGCUGUGCGACCUCCGACUGUUUCAUCCCAUCCUGAAGGUCAUCGAGCCACUGGGGAACCGCGAGGAGAAGAUCCUGAACAGAGAGAUCGGAUUUGCUAUCGGGAUGCCUGUGUGUGAAUUUGAGAUGAUGAAGGACUCGGAGGUUCAGGAUUUCCGGCGCUCCAUACUGAGUGUGUGCAGAGAAGCCAUGGAGGAGCGGGAGGGGGGCGGGGCCCACAGUCAGGCCCUCUAUGUUUACCCCCCCAACGUGGAGUCGAGUCCCCAACUGCCACAGCACAUCUACAGCAAGCUGGACAAAGGAAGAUUGAUCGUGACCAUCUGGGUGAUUGUAUCUCCUUCCAACUCCAAACAGAAAUACACACUCAAGGUGACUCACGACAGUCUGCCGGAGCAACUGAUAGCCGAGUCCAUCAGGAAGAAAAGUCGGUCGAUGCACCUUUCACCUCAACAACUCCGCCUCUGUGUCCAGGAGUAUCAGGGACAGUACAUACUGAAGGUGUGUGGCUGUGAUGAGUACCUGUUGGAGAAGUAUCCUCUCAGUCAGUACAAGUACAUCCGCUCCUGUAUCAUUGUGGGUCGACUUCCCCACCUCAUGCUGGUCUCCAAAGACAGUCUCUACUCCCAGCUUCCUGUGCCUGGCUUUGUCACGCCCUCCUACAGUCGUCGGACCCCUCAGCCGUCUCCGUGUCCAGGGGGAGGAGACGGAUCACCUCCUCGCUCCCUGUGGGCCUUCAACACUCUGUUGAGGGUCCGCCUUCUCUGCGCCACCUACGUCAAUGUCAACAUCCGAGACAUCGACAAGAUCUAUGUGAGGACGGGAAUUUAUCAAGGAGGAGAACCGCUAUGUGACAAUGUCAACACACAGAGAGUCCCCUGUUCGAACCCCAGGUGGAAUGAAUGGCUGACCUAUGACAUCUACCUGGCCGACCUUCCACGCUCCGCCAGGCUUUGCCUGUCUAUCUGCUCUGUGAAGGGAAGAAAAGGAGCCAAGGAGGAGCACUGUCCUCUGGCCUGGGGGAAUGUGAACCUCUUUGACUAUAAGGACAUUCUGGUUUCGGGAAAAGUUGCUCUCGGUCUCUGGCCUGUCCCUCAUGGCCUUGAGGACCUGCUUAACCCCAUUGGAGUUGCCGGUUCAAACCCCAACAAGGAGACUCCCUGCGUGGAGCUGGAGUUCUCCUGGUUCAACCAGAUGGUGGUUUUUCCGGACGACCAGCAAAUCGAGGAGCACGCCAACUGGACCAUCAGCAGAGAGCUCGGAUACAACUUCUGCCACGGCCUGAGCAGUCGUCUGGCCUGUGACAGCAGCGUCUCAGCGACUGACGCGGAGCAGCUUCGGUCUCUCUGCUCUAAAGAUCCUCUGUACGAACUGUCUGAGCAGGAGAAAGACUUCCUCUGGAGACACAGACAUUACUGUGUCAACAUCCCAGAGUCUCUUCCUAAAGUGCUGCUGUCCGUCAAAUGGAACUCCAGAGACGAAGUUUCCCAGAUGUACUGUCUUUUGAGGGAGUGGCCUCUGAUGGAGCCGGAGUCGGCUCUGGAGCUGCUGGACUGUAACUUUCCGGACCCGAUGGUCCGAGAGUUCGCCCUGCGCUGCCUGGUUCAGGGUCUCACAGACGACAAACUGUCUCAGUACCUGCUGCAGCUGGUCCAGGUGCUGAAGUACGAGAUGUACCUGGACAACCCUCUGGCUCGCUUCCUGAUCAAGAAGGCUCUGACCAAUCAGAGGAUAGGCCACUUCUUUUUCUGGCACCUCAAGUCAGAGAUGCACAAUAAAACGGUGUCACGGCGGUUUGGCCUGCUGCUGGAAGCUUUCUGCCGAGCCUGUGGCAUGUACCUGAAACACCUGAACAGACAGGUUGAGGCGAUGGACAAACUGGUGAACCUGACUGACACUCUGAAACAGGAGAAGAAGGACGAGACGCAAAAAACUCAGAUGAAGUUCCUGGUUGAACACAUGUCCCGUCCAGAUUACAUGGAGGCUCUGCAGGGCUUCGUUUCUCCGCUGAACCCCGUUCACCAGCUGGGAAACCUACGGCUUGAGGAGUGCAGGAUCAUGUCCUCAGCAAAGCGCCCCCUGUGGCUGAACUGGGAGAAUCCAGACAUAAUGUCUGAGCUGCUCUUCACUAACAACGAGAUCAUCUUCAAGAACGGAGAUGACCUUCGCCAGGACAUGCUGACCCUACAAAUCAUCAAAAUCAUGGAGAACAUCUGGCAGAACCAGGGACUGGACCUGCGCAUGCUGCCGUACGGCUGUCUGUCCAUCGGAGACUGCGUGGGACUGAUCGAGGUGGUGAAGAACAGCUUCACCAUCAUGCAGAUUCAGUGCAAAGGUGGCCUGAAGGCGCUGCAGUUCAACUCCAACACCCUGCACCACUGGAUCAAAGACAAGAACAGAGGAGAGGCGUAUGACAGAGCCAUCGACCUGUUCACCCGGUCCUGUGCGGGUUACUGCGUCGCCACCUUCAUCCUGGGGAUCGGUGACCGGCACAACUCCAACAUCAUGGUGAAGGAGAACGGGCAGCUCUUCCACAUAGACUUUGGACACUUUCUGGACCAUAAGAAGAAGAAGUUUGGGUAUAAGCGCGAGCGCGUUCCCUUCGUGCUGACUCAGGACUUCCUGAUCGUCAUCAGUAAAGGAGUCCAGGAGUCCACUAAGACCAAGGAGUUCGAGAGGUUCCAGGAGAUGUGCUAUAAGGCAUACCUCGCCAUCCGCCAGCACGCCAGCCUGUUCAUCAACCUCUUCUCCCUCCUGCUGGGCUGCGGGAUGCCCGAACUGCAGAGCUUCGACGACAUCUCCUACCUCAGAAAAACGCUGGCUCUUGAAAAGAGCCAACAGGAGGCGCUGGAGUAUUUCACCAAACAGAUGAACGAUGCGCAUCACGGCGGCUGGAGCACCAAGAUGGACUGGAUCUUCCACACCAUCAGACACAUGCCCAACGAGCACUGACGCACACGCACACACACACACACACACACACA